UGCGACGAUAGCACACAUAGCGACUACGUGUUAUUUAGCAACUAUCAGACCCACGACCGUACAAAUCGUCGCUACUGUGGGCAAGUUUGUCCAAAGAAUUCGAUUGUGAGCGAGUCGAACUAUUUCCGGAUGAUGUUUCGCUCAAAUGAUAUUUUUGAUGCCACUGGUUUUUACGCACAUUACCAGUUCAUCACAGAACGUUGGUUUCAACCUCCAUUUUGCAUCAUAAUUAAUGCAGGAACAUUCUCUUCGCUUUUACGCUGUAAUGCAUUUACGCCAGAUUUUCCGGACAAUUAUAAAGCAUAUAGUACAGCAAAGCCCUUUUAACA